AUGGAAGAAAGACCUCUGUCCUGCUUCCCCCGCCCCCUCCAAGGCCCUUCUAGGAAUAAUUUUGGCAUAUCUUUCCUAGAGGACCAGCAGCUCUCUGGAGAAAAGGUGUACAGGCAGGUCAUUUCCGGAAGGGCUAAUCAAUUUCCCUGGAUCUUGUGCCUUAGGGGACCCACACUUCCCAGCCAGUGGGACCCUACUGCUGUUUGGGAUGCCUGGGAGAAACAGGAGAGGAGUCGGGCUCAAGCCCCCAGCGUCUUCCACUCCUCUUUCCCUCUGCCACCUCCUGCCACUCCACUGGCCCGGAAAGUGUUCAGGCCAUUUGACAAAACCAGUUUGAGUCCCCAUCCCCCCACAGAACUCACCAUCAAAUAUAAACUUACCGAUAAGCCGCUGCCCCAGAAUAGCCGUGGCCCGUUGGCGACCGCCCGAACCCCCGGCCUCGCCCCUCGCCCUCUUUUCCGACAGCGCCCUCCGAGUGUCUCCUACAGCGCGGCCUCGUCCCGGGUGGCGCUUCCUGCAACUUUCCCCGACAGCUUCCCCUGCAUCGCCCUGGCAGUGCCCUCGCAGCGCCCCGUGCAUUGUCCUGGCAGUGCCCCUGCAGUGUCCCCGUCAUUGCCCCCCGCAUUGCCCCCUCUCUUGACGCUGCCUUGUCCCGUCAAUGUCCCCUCAAUUGCCCCGGCAGUGUCCCCUGCCCCCUACACUGCCCUCGCAGUGUCCCCGUCAGUGCCCCCCGCAUUGCCCCAUCAGUGUCCCCUCUCUCGCCCCCACAUUGCCCCAUCAGUGCCCCAGUAUUGCCCCAUCAGUGCCCCCUGCAUUGCCCCCGCAGUGUCUUCAUCAGUACCCCCUCUCUCGACCCUCGCAUUGCCCCUUCAGUGCCCCCUGCAUUGCGCCGUCAGUGUCCCCUGCAUUGCCCCCGCAGUGUCCCCAUCAGUGCCCCCUCUCUCGCCCCCGCAUUGCCCCAUCAGUGCCCCCUGCAUUGCCCCCGCAGUGUCUUCAUCAGUACCCCCUCUGUCGACCCUCGCAUUGCCCCAUCAGUGCCCCCUGCACUGCCCCGUCAGUGUCCCCUGCAUUGCCCCCGCAGUGUCCCCAUCAGUGCCCCCUCUGUCGCCCCUCGCGCUGCCCCAUCACUGCCCCCCGCCCCGCCCCGCCGGGGCGGGAGGAGGGCCGGGGCCGGGGCCGGGACCCGGCGGCCGGGCGCGGCGGUGCUUGGGGCUGGCGCGGCGCCACCUGCUGGUGGUGCUGACGGUGGCGGCGGUGGCGGCGGGCUUGGGGCUGGGCGCGGCGGCGCGGGGACUGAGCGGCCCGCAGGCCGCCCGCCUGGCCUUCCCCGGGGAGCUGCUGCUCCGCAUGCUGCGCCUGCUCAUCCUGCCCCUGGUGCUCUGCAGCCUGGUCACCGGCGCCGCCAGCCUGGACGCCGCCUCCCUGGGCCGGCUGGGCGGCCUGGCCGUCGCCUAUUUCCUGCUGACCACGCUGGGCGCCUCGGCCCUGGCCGUGGCCCUGGCCUUCGUCGUCCGGCCCGGGGCGGGGGCCGGGCCCGGCGCGCUGCAGGCCGGAGCUCUGGCCCUGGGCGACCCCCCCGCCGCCCCCGCCCCCAAGGACACCGUGGACUCCUUCCUCGACCUGAUCAGGAACCUAUUUCCUUCUAACCUCGUGGUGGCGGCAUUCCGAUCGUAUGCGACUGAAUAUAAGACAAUCAUCAGAAACACAACCUUUGGAAAUGUAACACUAGAAAAGAUCCCCAUUGGCACAGAAAUUGAGGGGAUGAACAUUCUGGGUCUGGUCCUGUUUGCCCUGGUCUUGGGAAUAGCCUUGAAGAAGCUGGGCCCCGAAGGAGAAGAACUGAUCCGUUUCUUCAGUGCUUUCAACGAGGCAACGAUGGUGCUGGUAUCUUGGAUUAUGUGGUAUGUGCCCAUUGGCAUCAUGUUCCUGGUUGGGAGCAAGAUUGUGGAAAUGAAAGACAUCGUCCUCUUGGUGACCAGCCUCGGGAAGUAUAUCUUCGCCUCAAUUCUGGGUCAUGUCAUUCAUGGAGGAAUCAUUCUGCCACUUAUUUAUUUUGCCUUUACACGCAAAAACCCAUUUCGAUUCCUGCUCGGACUCAUCACCCCUUUAGCAACAGCCUUUGCAACUUGCUCCAGCUCUGCUACCCUGCCAUCAAUGAUCAAGUUCAUUGAGGAAAAGAAUGGCGUGGACAAGAGGAUCAGCAGGUUCAUCCUCCCCAUCGGGGCCACCGUGAACAUGGAUGGAGCAGCCAUCUUCCAGUGUGUAGCGGCAGUGUUCAUUGCUCAGCUAAACAACGUGGACCUGAAUGCAGGGCAGAUCUUCACCAUUCUUGUGACUGCUACUGCGUCCAGCGUAGGGGCGGCCGGAGUGCCCGCUGGAGGGGUGCUGACCAUCGCCAUUAUCCUAGAGGCCAUCGGGUUGCCCACCCAUGAUCUGUCCCUGAUCCUCGCCGUGGACUGGAUCGUGGACCGCACCACCACCGUGGUGAAUGUAGAAGGGGAUGCCUUGGGAGCGGGCAUUCUCCACUAUCUGAACCAGAAGGAGAUGAAGAAGGCAGAGCGGGAGCUCAGUGAGGUCAAAGUGGAAGCGAUCCCAAACUGCAAAUCAGAGGAGGAGACAUCGCCCCUGGUGACGCACAGGAACCCGGCCUCCGCCCCCACCCUCGUCGCCGAAUCAGAGUCGAGAGAAUCAGUUCUGUGAUCAUCAGUGAGGCUCUGGCACAGAGGCAGAAGGCUGAUGCUUUUGGGUGGACUGUUGUACUGCUGUCCUGGACUGGGGGCUUGUAAGACACUGAGGCCUCACUGGAAAUGCAGUGGAUCGACCCCCUGUUUAGUUUAGAGGCAUGGUGUUGAGGUGUAUGGCCCACGCAGGGAGGGUGGGGGGCGGGGG